AUAUUCAUUCCGCGCACAUGCGCACUAGCCGGAUUCGCCGUCCCCUUCCCGCGUCUGUGAGGCAUCUGACCGCCGCCCUUGGAAAAGGAACCGCCGAGGAAAUUUUUAUCACCGUCUCUUCUCCAGGAUCCAUCAAAACUGGUAAAGAGAUCGGUUGUGCGGAAGAAUGCUUCACUGGAGGUGGAUGCCAAAAUAACGUUUCUAGUACAACCUACAAAGCGCAGCCGGCGUGUUGGAGUGCCCUAACGGUGCCAAGGAUUUACCAAUAACCUGAAAUACUCAUCAUCAUAAGGACUCGUCACGAAAAGUGUUGACAAUGAAUUAUUUACGACGACGAUUCUCCGAUACAAACAUCGCGGCCAACUUGCCGAACGGCUACCUGUCGGGAUUGGGCGGGGAGGACGACAAAAACCAACAGCAGCCGGCCGCGGCUCCGCCUCGGGGCACCAGCGCACCCUCUUCACCGGCAAGGUCCAUGCCGCCCGGCGGGAUGGCGGGAGGGAGGGACGGGGAGAGAAACACCACCAAGACGCUGCUAGUCAUCGACGAUCAGCAUACAGAUUGGGGCAAGUACUUCAGAGGAAAGAGAAUCAACAACGAAUAUGAGAUCAGAGUUGAACAGGCGGAUUUUUCGGAGAUCAACUUGGCAGCGUACUCUGACACCGGCACCAUGAUCGACAUGCAGAUCAACCGGCAAGGAACCAAAGUCGUACGGUCCUUCCGGCCGGAUUUCGUGUUGGUGCGACAACACUGCCGCGGUUUGGACGCUAACCAAGACUACAGGUCCGUUAUACUCGGGCUCAGAUGGGGCGCAAUACCCAGUGUCAACACACUACUGUCUAUCUACAACUUCAUGGAGAAACCUUGGGUGUACGCCCAUCUCUUGCAAAUAAGGAAGAGGAUUGGCAAGGAGAAGUUCCCGUUGAUAGACAGGGCGUACUACCCGAACCACAAGGAAAUGGUAUGUCUGAUCACCCCCAAGUUUCCAGUUGUGGUGAAGAUUGGGCAUGCGCACGCAGGACUUGGUAAGGUGAAGGUAGAGAAUCACCAUGAUUUCCAGGACAUCGCCAGUGUUGUAGCUGUAGCCAACACGUACGCCACGACAGAGCCAUUCAUCGACGCUAAGCAUGACAUCCGGGUACAGAAGAUCGGCAAUAACUACAAGGCAUACAUGCGAACUUCAAUUUCUGGCAACUGGAAGGCUAACACAGGAUCGGCCAUGUUGGAACAGAUUCCAAUGACAGAAAAGUACAGAGUCUGGGUGGACGCUGUCAGUGAGAUUUUCGGCGGACUUGACAUCUGCGCAGUGGAGGCCAUCCAUGGCAAGGACGGCAAGGAUUACAUCAUCGAGGUGAAUGACUCCACAAUGCCUCUACUGGGCGAGAACCAGGAGGAGGACCGGCAGCUGAUCUCGGACGUCGUGUUACAACGGAUGACGCAGGUGUGCAGAGCUGGUGCCUCCGCCGCCCAAAACAUAAACCCCCACAAUGCGUGGCGUCGUGUACUCGUCAUGAGCGGUUUGUCCACAGAUGCGGAGCCUGCAGAGCCGCAAACUUCUGCCAAGUCGAUGACAGGCUUCCUGAACCUGGGCGGCAGUGCGUCCGCGCCUCCUUCGGCGUCUUCCUCGCACAGCACCCUUCCGGGCGCCCAGGCAGGGGCGGCGGGGCCUCCGCCGGCGGACGAGGAUCAGGCCGAGAGCAUUCGCAAGCUCCGCAAGGCUUUUUCGGGAAUCUUCGGAGAGCCCUAGCGGCAGCGGGAAGCAAGCCUGACCUGGUUGCAAAUCUUUGGUCUCUCUAGGCAUGACUCACUGACAGUUCCAACGACGACUGCUGCUAAAACAUCACAUUUCAUGAAAACACACAGAGAUUACAGAAACGAAGGUCACAAAUGGAGUAACAUUUCGCCACUCAAAGACGUUAGUAAAAACAAAAGAUAUUUUAGAAAAUGUCGAUCGUUGUGACUAUCUGUGAUGGCUCUGUAGAUUUGUUACGUCAUAGAAAAUUAAGUUUCUUCCAUGUUGUGUCUACUUUCGUGAUGGUUUACGAAAACUUACUGGAUGGAUUUAGAGUAAAGCAGGAUGAAUGUUACGUUCACUUUAGUGUAGUAUAUCUAGGCGCGAUAGGCACCGCUUCGCGAGUUUUAAAUCAAUCCUGUAGAAACAUUAUAGGAGUCACGGUUCUAUUCCUGUAAAGUGCCUGCACAGAUCAAAGAUUUCCCGAGAUAUGGCCUCCUUUAGUAGUACUCUACAGUUCCCCUCAGUGAACCUCAUAGCGUACUCUUAUAGAAAAGAAGAAAGAGAUGUAGUGUUCAAAUUUCAGAGAAUUAUGCAAAUGUCCAUGAAAUGAAAUGAAACGAAGGGGAAUGUGUAUUAGAUGUUUGAAUGCAGGCCCCACUCUUCGUAGCUGUGCAUUGAAUGUGCAUUGAGUGUUUAGAGUCAUGUGCUUCGUACGUUAGUGGUUGUAAUAAACAUUUUCAAUGUUGCUAUUUUGCAAACAAAUAUUGCUGAAAAAGAAAGUACCGUUCUAUUGAUACACUAUCCCCAAACCAUUCCACGUAUUUGAUUCUUUGAGGCAUGACCGUUUUAGUUCUUUACGACAAGCAAAGAAAGCUCCAGGCGAUCGACUUCUUUCACAUUCUCAUGCGGUCAUUGUAGCUGGAAACGUCACAGUCGGAGCACGUCAUAACUAGUGUGUCAUUCGCACAGGGUCCAUUCGCGCUCUAAGAAGAGAAGUAUCCUACCUCAUUUCUUUAAGAUAAACAUUACCACUAGAUAGACCCUCUCUAGUAAAGAAGUCCCUCCAAAGGACAAAAUAUCGUCCUUUGAACGCUCAUGUUUGAAUUUUCAGUGCAUCAAUUUUGAUGUACUUCAUCAAAAGACCUACUUGUAACUUUUUGUAAACAUUUGUUUGUUUUUCUAUGUUUGGUACGUACAUGUAUGUUGUUGUGCUUCCCGAUAAGUACUAGUAGUACAAGAACUUUCUACGUUCAGUAUCUUCCAGUUGGGACAGCCAAAAUGUAUUUCCGCCAAUCGUCUGUCUACUCGACGAGGCAACUGAAAUCUCAUAGCAACAAUAGCAAAACGUAUCAUAUCUUCGGAUAUCAUACGUUUUAGCCAAAAAUUUUGUCCUUUUACAAUCGGUUAUAUUUAUUGUAUAUAAAGCAUAGUUCACGAAUUAGCAUGUGUAUUAAUAGUGAAUAGGCAAUUUUGUUAUCAGGACGAAUUCUGGCAAAAAUCCUUAGCAACAUUGUGUCAAAGUUAACUUGAAAUAUUUGUAGCGUUGUGUGAAUAGACGUUUGCUGACGAGAAAUUUAGGGGGAAAUUUGAUCAAUCAACAGUUUGUACAUAAUAUAAGUCCAAAUGUAUGUAUUGAAUAUCAUGCAUCGACUAUUGCUUAAUAUGAACUCAGCGGUAGUGUUACAUUACAUGUAUAGUUCUGCCAAUAUGAUACUUUAGGGUAAUUUCAGUACUGUGGUCUUAAUUUGCUCUCAAUCAUUAGCAUUUCAUUCAUGCAGAACGCUUAGAAUAGAACGAGAGUCAUUGUUUGCUUAUAUUCUCAUCACCAACAUGUGAAAAUGUGGCUACUGGAUUUAAGCGAAAGAAUAGAUAGGCUAGCUAUGUGGUUAUACGGUAAGAAGAAGAAAAAAGAGUAUUCCGAUGUCGCUGCAAUAGGGCAGUAGCUUGCUUGCAAAAGGCAAUCACGUAGAAGAGAUGAAUUGCAACCUUACUUUGGCUAGUGAUGAUGGCUGACUGGAGUGGUUCGCUGUCGGUGAAAUUCAGCUUAAUUCCGCCAGAGGUCGCAAUUUCAACUCAAUUGUCAUGGUUCGAGUAGGACUAUGUGUUUGUUGUGCGUGGCUCAUGCAUAUGUGUGUCCUUCGAAUGAUUACCGACGACGUGGUAGGAGAAUAUCGUAAUCCAAGUUUUAGGAAGAAUGAUGAACCUACAUCCGCGGUUCUAUGCAGUACGCUCUUGUUGUAUGUAUGACGUCAACCAUUGCAUUUUGUACUUUCUGGUGAGAUUGAUUAUGAAAGUGUAUUUCGUUCCGUACUUUGUGUAUUUGGAGUUCGGUGCAUGCGGGUUUAUGUGCUGACUAUCGGUCGUAUGCAUCUAAAUUAUGGUAAUGUUAUUAUAUAUAAAUAUAUAUGAAAUGGCUAUGGCGAACUCUCCGCGGGUACAGAUAAUUAUCUACCACACGAAUAAAGAUGGAAUCAAAAGAAAA